CAAGUAAUUAAUAAAUUGAAUAUUUUUUAUUUGCUUUCCAUAUUUGUAAGAAGAACUUUGAAUUAAUUCAUGGCAACUCAAUCCCAUACUUCUAUAAAGGUCAAUCAAAUAACUCCAUUAUUAUUAUUAUUACCGUUCUUGCUCCAGAUCAAAGUCGCCUUGUGAGAAGCCAUUACCUUUAAGAUCAAACGAUGGGCCGCGGAAAGUUAACAAUGGAACUGAUUAAAAAAGAAAAGUCUCGAAUGAUAACUUAUCAAAAAAGGAAGAAGGGAUUGGAGAAGAAAAUUCAGGAGUUUGCAACUCUUUGCGGAGUUCCUACGUGCAUGAUAAUCUAUAUGCCAAAGCUCAACAAUCGCCCGGCAGAGAUGGAAACUUUUCCGAAGAAAAGAGAGGAAUUUCUGAAAGUUCUCGAUUUGUUUAGAAAGAAAACAACUUUAUCUGAUCGCGAGAUGAAAACUCUAAACUUGUUUGAUUUCUUCGCUAAUCGGAGAAUAAAACUUGAACAAAAAAUUGAGAAAAUUCGGAAGGAUAAUUUGGAAGCAAAGUUCCCUUGUGGCUGGAGUGAUCGUUUAGAAAAUUGUUCCGACGAUCAACUUAAUCAUCUUCUUGCCAAAUUCGACACCAUUCUUGAAGUUGCUAGAAGAAAGAUUGCAAUUUUAAAGGAAGAAAAAGCUUUGAUGGACGGCUGCAACAAUGCUCAGGUUUUGUUUCAGAACAAUAAAAUGGAAGGAGUAGAAGUAAUUAAUAACAGGCAAAUUAAUCUUCCAUAUUAUCCUACCAAUCAGGCUCUCCAAAUGCGACCGUUCGAUCUUCAUCCUCUCGAUAAUUCGAUGAAUUUAAUGAUGAUGAACGGCGGUGACUUAUCUCUACCUCAAUAUAAUACUUACACUCAAUCAGUGAAACCAAUUUACUAUGACCCAAUGGCUGCAUUGCUAGAAAAUCCAAGGCCUGUGAAUUUCUUUGGUUCAAGUUUGCAGCCAUUGCCGCCUUUUGAGCGGUUUCCUGUUCUACAAAAUAACUCAUCUCAAAUGCAGCAUCAACAUACCUCUCAGUUUAAUCCUGAGUUCCAUUUUGACAUGAAUCAGUUUGAUGCCAAUAGCAAGAGAAGAAGGCUGUAGAUAUUGAAAGAUCCAGGUUCGAUGAACUAUUGAAGUAAUAAAUUAAGGUUUGAUUAAUUCUUGUAGUUAUGUUGAUAAUUAUAAGGAUUUUAAUCAAUUAUUAACUGUUGAUUGUCUUUAAUGGAUGAUGUU